AUGCAAGCUGCAUCUUAUAUUCUCAAAACUAUUGAAACAAGUCUGUAUGAGGAAUAUAUAACCAGCCCUUUGGAAACUUCUCUUUAUCUUUUGGAGGCUCACUCCAAAUGGAUAUCAUUUUCUAGCACUUUCCUAAGGCUUUUGACAAUAAUGAAUUCUGGGACUGUUACUGUUUUUAUUAAAUUGGCCUAUAUAGGAAAUUUGACUAAAAAUAUCAAAGCGAUUUUCUGGGAUAAAGUGUCUUCAGCUCAAAUCCUCGCACUUUCUCUUCCUCUUCACAAAAGCCCAGAUUUGCUCAAUUGGGUCCAGUUCUGGUGA